AUGUCAGACUACUACAACCCCAAUCAGUAUCCUCCCCCACCAGGGGCCGGCCAUACCCAGUAUCCGCCUCCUCCAAGACCUCAGGGUUAUAACUCCCCAGGUCCACAAGUAAGGCAUUCUUUCAAGCGCUGCAGCGCUAUCAGACACUGGCUGACCAUCCAUCAGUCCUCCUAUGGGGAGUACCAGCCCGCACGUGAGGAUCAGUAUCGGUAUUCACCAAGGUCAUCGGCGAUGCAAGUAGGCCAGUAUGGCGGCGAGUCCGGAUAUAGUCGGGAGCGUCGCAACUCGGGCCCAUAUGCUGCUAGUCAGUACCGCGAAACCGAGGCCAACUCCUACUAUGCUCCUCCCCCGCGAGAAUAUGAUGACCAGUAUUACGACCGGCCCAGCUCGCGAGGCUCGCGCAGGGAAAGAGAAAGAGAACGGGAGCGAUCGAGAGACCGAGGGGAGAAACAUCAUGGGGAGCAUCAUGCUGAGAAGGCUGUAGGCGCGACUCUGCUCGGUGGUGCUGUGGGUGGAUGGGCUGGCCAUGAAUUUGGCCACAGCAACAACCUGAUCACCGUCGCUUCGGCAUUGGCCGGGGCCUAUGCCGGCCACAAGCUCGAAUCAAAACAUGAAAAGGACAAACAAAAGAAGAAGGGACGUCGGGAAAGCGGGGCUUACGAUGACGAAGAUUAUGGCAGCCGUCGGAGUCGCUCCAUCUCGCGGUCUCGGAAGAGGUCUGGGAGCAGGCGGAGAAGCAAAAGCAGCAGCAGCAGCGAUGAGAGCGAUAGCAGCAGGCGGAGACACCGUCACCAUCGCGACUAG